UGUUUUCAUUCGUCUAAAUCGAAAACGAAAGUCACUGAACAGACAAAAGUUUUUUAUGAAGUAUUGGAUGUCUGUUUCGUGAAGUUCCACAAAUAAGUACAAUUCUGUAAAACGACACCAAACGAAACAGGAUAAGAAGGGAUAAUGGACGAAACUAUAACUUUCUCUGGUUGGGAGGCUAUUUUGGAUGACACUCUGUCAGCCGACGAGGACCCGAAAUCUGGACGUACCUACACGAUGUACCAUGGCACAUACCUGCAACACGCAAAGACAAUAAUCUCUAAUGGUUUCCAACAAUCUACGAAAGGAAUGCUAGGUCCUGGGGUGUAUGUCAGCCGUAACAUUGACAAAGCUAAAUGUUACCCACUAAUUACCGACAAAAAGGACAAAGUCGUGUUUAAGCUGAAGGUACGUGUUGGCAAGGUCAAAAAGAUUGACUGUGACAACCAUCCCAUGCAAUAUACCUGGCACCAGAAUGGAUAUGAUUGCGCUUGGGUGCCCCCCAAUUCCAAAAUUUCCGCCAUCAAGUCAGGGCGCGAAGAGGAUUGUGUUUGGGAUCCCCAAAGAAUCACGGUGGUUGGCGUUGCUUGCUGCGUUGAUGACGCCAAACGCAAGGAACUCCGUGCAUUGGUACGUCGCCAGAAUGGCACAGAUGAUGUGUGCAGUCGCUGUCAACAAAGUAAACCAGCUGGUCCGCACGACACCCAGCCCUGCUGGGGCUGUAGUGAGACCAUUUGCCCCUUCCAACGCAAACAUAAAUGCUAUCCAUAGUGCACCCGUAGGAUCAUGCUUAGUCGUGUAUUUUGUUUUCUCUGUGCUAUUUGCAUUAUUUUCCUGAAUUGUAUGAGGUAUGUCUUGGCCUAUUUGGCCUUGGCCGGUUCUCAUUUAACUGUAUCAAAGAAAUUAAAUAAUAAUAAUGAUAAAAAAAAUGUGUAAAGGCCA